AUGCAUCGAACGCUGUGCUCUCGAUCGUCCACGGCCGUCGUUCGUCGCGUCGUCGCAGGUGUCGAGCGCGCGCGUGUCGUCGCGUCGAUCCCGACUCGAGCCACCGCGAGUGCGGUUCGACGAGCGUCUCGCGCGCAGUUCCGAGGGAUCGCGCGCUCGGCGAGCGCCACCGCGGAGGCACCGAGUGAUGCGCCGCGAGCGAGCGAACCGCACGCUGCGACGGUGUGGAAGGCGGCGAUAGACUUUAAGUUUGUGCGAGACAACGCAGAGGCGGUGCAGAAAAACGCGGGGGUGCGGAGAGUGGAUGUGAACGUGGCGGAGGUCGUGGCGAAGUACGAGGCGUUGAACGCGCUGAGCUUUAAGUGCGAUGAGAUCCGGGAGAAGCGGAACGCGAACGCGAAGAGCAUGAAGGGGAAGAUGGAGAAGGAGACUCGGGACGCGCUCAUCGCCGAGGGCAAGGCGCUGAAGGAUUCGCUUGCAGAACUGGAAGUUGAGCUCGCUACGCUCGAGAACGAAUUGCAAACGAUGGCACAGCGCUUGCCGAACUUGACACACCCGGACGUGCCGGUCGGAGGCGAAGAGAACGCCACGGUGGUUGCGGAAGUGGGCUCGCAACGCGCCUUCACUUUUCCGGUCCAAAACCACGUAGACAUCGGGGAAAAGCUCGGUAUGUUCGAUUUUGAAACUGGAAGCAAGGUGAGCGGUAGCCGUUUCGUGUACCUCACCGGUGUUGGAGCGAUGCUGGAGCUAGCUCUGAUCAAUUGGGCGUUCGCGAAGGUUCUCAGCAAAGGUUUCAAGCCAAUGAUGGUUCCGGACAUGGUGCGAAGCAGCGUUGUCGAGAAGUGUGGAUUCCAACCUCGAGCAGAAAACACGCAGGUGUAUAGCAUUGAAAACUCCGAUCUUUGUAUGGCAGGCACGGCUGAGUUACUCCUGGGCGGCGUCUACAUGGAUGAGGUCGUGGAAGAGUCGCAGCUCCCCAUCAAGAUGGCGGCGUUUAGUCACUGCUUUCGCACGGAAGCUGGUGCCGCCGGUGCGCAAACCCGCGGAAUGUACCGUUUGCACCAAUUUAGCAAGGUUGAGAUGUUUGUCGUGGCAACGCCCGAACAAUCCGACGCGAUUCAUCAAGAACUCAAAGAUAUUGAGAUAGAAAUGUUCCAAGAACUUGGCUUCCAUUUCAAGGUUCUCGACAUGCCGACAGAAGAUUUGGGGGCGCCUGCGUACCGUAAGUUUGACGUCGAAGCGUGGAUGCCGGCGUUGGAGCGCUACGGUGAGAUUUCCAGCGCUUCAAACUGCACUGAUUACCAGGCAAGACGCCUGAACAUCAAGUACAGACCGAACCCUGUCGACGGCAAGAAGCAACCAUUGGUGCACUGCCACACGCUCAACGCGACUGCGUGCGCUAUUCCCCGAAUGAUUGUGACUAUUCUUGAAAACUUCCAACAGGAAGACGGGAGUGUCGUCGUUCCAGAGCCGCUACGACCGUACCUUGGUGGGAUGGAUGUUUUACGACCUGAGGCUUAA